AUGGCCGUCGCGCUGCUGGUCGCCGUGCCCCUGCUGCUGCUGCAAGCGCCCGCCGACACCGGCGCCCACUACGAGAUGAUGGGCACCUGCCGCAUGAUCUGCGACCCGUACAGCGGCGGGCGGCCGCCCGGGCCCGGCAGCACCGCCGCCGUGGAGGCCCUGCAGGACCUGGGCGCCAACCCCCCGCCGCCCUUCGUGCAGGGACCCAAGGGGGAGCCGGGCCGGCCGGGCAAGCCGGGCCCCCGCGGGCCGCCCGGGGAGCCGGGCCCGCCGGGUCCGCGGGGCCCGCCGGGGGAGCGGGGCGACGCGGGGAAGCCGGGGCUGCCCGGGCUGGCGCUGGCGGGCGCGGGCGGCGGCGGGAGCGGCGGCGGGGCGGCGGCGGGCGGCGAGGCGGCGGGCGGGCUGAGCGCCGCCUUCAGCGGGCCGCGCAUCGCCUUCUACGUGGGGCUCAAGAGCCCCCACGAGGGCUAUGAGGUCCUCAAGUUCGACGACGUGGUGACCAACCUGGGCAACCACUACGACCCGGCCAGCGGCAAGUUCACCUGCCAGGUGCGCGGCAUCUACUUCUUCACCUACCACAUCCUCAUGCGCGGCGGCGACGGCACCAGCAUGUGGGCCGACCUCUGCAAGAACGGCCAGGUGCGGGCCAGUGCCAUCGCCCAGGACGCAGACCAGAACUACGACUAUGCCAGCAACAGCGUGGUGCUGCACCUGGACUCCGGCGACGAAGUGUAUGUCAAGCUGGAUGGAGGCAAAGCACACGGAGGCAACAACAAUAAGUACAGCACUUUCUCUGGCUUUCUUUUAUACCCUGAUUAACACACAAGUGACACGACACAACUGGCCCCGCCACUGAUGCACAUGAGGCGGCUUGG